AAAAAUAUUUUUCUUAGUUCGUAAGAUUUUCUUUCCAUGUUGCUGCUCAGAUAUUAUCCCCAUACUGUCAGGGCAUCUUUUCUUUUUGAUUUCUUUUGAAGUUUCGAUUGGUCUCCAAAAUGCAAAAUGAGCUUGAAUGCAGUUUCUUUGUUCAAAAAGAGAGUAAUUGCUUAUUGACUGAAGACUUGCAUCAGUACUUCAUGCUUGACUGCUUUUCAUUGUUUUUGCAUUCCUUUGCACUCUGAAUUUCUGCAUUUAUUAUUUCUCAAGCCUCAUUAUGUUGUCAUAGGCAGUUACCCAAUUAGGCAGUUACCCAUUUAUUCUUCUAUAUUAAUGAGUCUUUAUUCAAAAUCUAAACUUACUGCAAUUUGGUUGACUUCCCUGGUUUUUCACUUGGGAUAAAUAUUGCCCAGUUCUUUGCUUUUUGUCCUGUUGCAUCUCUCUCUUUUGCACUCCCUCCCUCAAAGUUUAUUUGGUUUCUUUGCUUUACCAGGUACAAAAAUAUAGUUGCACCACUGUCCUGGACAUUUCUACAGAUACAUUAAUUUGCUAGAGAAAGGGUAUUGAAUUAUAUCUAUACAAUCACUUGCAGAUUCUGAAAAUAUUAAUAAGACCUGUAACAGUCCCAAGUGGGUGAUUAUCUGUGUUUUAGCCACAGAACAUAACAGUAACUGGGAGAAUUACAAAAUUAUUGUGGAAGAUACCUUUGUUUCUUAUUACAUUAGCAUAAUUCAGAUUGGAUUAAAUGUCAUCUUCUGUCUACAAAUUCACUAGAGUGGAAGAGUCUUGCUCUGCAGUAUUGAACCAGCUAAAAAAGCAGAGAAGGUCAGAGCUAUAUAAUACUCGUGGAGUCACUGAAAAGGAAACCAGAAACUAAAUGCAAGACUGCCUGUUGAAGCUGUAGGACUUUAAUCUACCCUGUAUUUUCCUUGUAGCGAGUCUAGUUUGAUUUUUUUUUUCUGGAAAGGGAUUGAUUAUUUUCAGUUUGUCCUGUUUGAGCUCAUAGGUCAGAAGAGUUACUGAGCAAGGCUCCUCUAAUCUUUCCACUUUGCGUACUGUGCGGUUUAUCACAAGCUAUCUUUACUUUUUUCUUUUUCUGUAGGUUGAUGGUUUUGUCCUGAAUGACGAGUUCCCUAAGUUAAUAAUUCUCCAGAAAGCAGCUGUAAACAAAACUGAGAAGAAAAAAGAACAUUGACAAAGCUGUAGCUGUGCAAAAAUAUCUCAGGAUGUGAAUUCUAACUGGAGAGUCCAACCACCAGCUCAGAUACCCUGAUAGUUGCGGUUUUACUUUUCCUCAAUCAAAAUUGCUCUUUUGUUCAAAUUUUUUUACUGCAUCCUUUCUCAGAUUUAAAAGCAGUUGCUAUUUUUAAAAACUCUUCUAUUACAACUAUUCACUAUAGCAGUGAGCUAAAAUUUUAAAAAUCCUACUGGCCAGAUUUUUUUUUGAGAUAUUACUUUUGGUUGUACCAUGAUGGAUAAGGGUUACAGUUACUACCGAACAGUGAUAUUCACUGCCAUGUUUGUUGGCUAUACAUUGUACUAUUUCAAUAGGAAAACAUUUUCAUUUGUUAUGCCCGCAAUCAUGGAGGAAAUAGAAUUGGACAAAGAUGACUUAGGUCUUAUCACUAGCAGCCAGUCGGCAGCCUACGCUAUCAGUAAAUUUAUCAGUGGUGUCCUCUCUGAUCAAAUGAGUGCUCGCUGGCUCUUCUCAUCUGGCCUUCUUCUGGUCGGCAUAGUUAAUGUUGUCUUUUCUUGGAGCUCUACUGUUACAGUCUUUUCAGGGCUGUGGUUUCUGAACGGUCUGGCACAAGGACUGGGAUGGCCACCAUGUGGGAAGGUACUGCGCAAAUGGUUUGAGCCUUCCCAGUUUGGAACGUGGUGGGCAAUCCUCUCCACCAGCAUGAAUCUGGCAGGUGGCUUGGGCCCUAUUGUUGCUGCUCUGAUGGCUCUGAGCUACGACUGGCGCACAACUCUAUCCAUCUCUGGCUUCAUCUGCAUGGGCACCUCAUUUGUUUGUCUUGUUCUGAUUAAAAAUGAGCCCUCUGAUGUUGGGCUACCAAACAUUGAACCAGGAACCACGAAAGGGAAAAAAGGCUUAUCUGGAGAUCAUAGCACACUGGCAGAGCUGCUUCUCUCACCAUACCUCUGGGUCCUUUCAAGUGGCUACCUGGUUGUCUUUGGAGUGAAGACGUGUUGUACAGAUUGGGGUCAGCUUUUUCUGAUUCAGGAGAGAGGACAGUCUGCUCUUGUGGGCAGUUCUUACAUGAGUGCCUUGGAGAUUGGGGGCCUGGUAGGAAGCAUCGCAGCUGGGUACCUUUCUGACAGAGCAGUAGCACGGGUGGGUCUGUCACUUUAUGGGAAUCCUCGGCAUGUGCUCCUGCUUUCCAUGAUGGCGGGAAUGUCUGUUUCGAUGUACCUUUUCCGGGUCACAAUCACAAGUGACUCUCCUAAGGAAAACAACUUCUGGAUUGUAGCCUUGCAUCCUCUCGCUGCCCUCACAGGCUUCACAGAACAGGAGCUAUGGAUACUGAUUCUAGGAGCCAUCUUUGGGUUUUCUUCUUAUGGACCAAUUGCACUGUUUGGCGUGAUAGCAAAUGAGAGCGCACCUUCCAAUCUGUGUGGCACCUCGCAUGCUAUUGUUGCACUAAUGGCCAAUGUUGGUGGUUUCUUGGCUGGGUUGCCUUUCAGUACUAUAGCCAAGCACUACAGUUGGGCCACAGCCUUCUGGGUAGCUGAAAUAACAUGUGCGAUCAGCACUGUAGCCUUCUUCUUGUUACGGAACAUCUGCACCAAGAUGGGUCGGGUACCCAAGAAGAUUGACUAAAGAUGAGCAGCAAAGGUACUACUGAUGCUCCAGACGCUAUUAUCGGAUGGCAGAUGAUGACUAACUGACCAGAGACUGAGUUUCCUAUCAGUGCAGACUAAAUCAGAAUAUCUAUCCAAAUAUCAUUUAAUUUUAAUCAUUCGUGUUUGGAAAAGCAUAAGAUCUACAGCAGCUGUUAGGUUUCAAUACCUGCAGCAGUUUUAGUUAUUCAGUGAUUGUUUACAUCUCAUGACCUCAUUUUACCUCUUAUUUAAAGUGCUGUUAGUGAACAGAGCAGAGACUUGGCAGUCUGGAUUGCUAAGCAAGAAUUACAGAAGACUGGCAUCCAGUACCCACCUUUUCUUCUUGCUGCUGGGCCUCAGCUGAGGUGUUGCUCAGUUCAGCUUCCUUGUUUAUAGAAAUAUUUCAGUUAGCCAGCACUGAGCCUAUUUUCAUUUACCUCCACUUGCUGUUGUAACUGCAGCUGUGACCCAGCUUCCUCUGCCAUAAGCUGCCUCCUGUGUCUCCCUUCCCAGAAGCAGACUGCUGACUUAUUACUAAAAGUGCUGCUCCCCCAACUCGUCAGUCUGAACAGUUACUGGUCCACUUAUUACUGCAGAUCCCUGCCAUUGCAGCAAAACAGCACCCUUUUCAGUAACUGCAAAUGAGUACAGAUCUUGGAACUCCAUUCAAGAGAUAGAAGCACUGUAGAACAGUUACCAUAAAUUAGCGAAUAUAACCUGCAGAUUAUCCAUGUUUUUACCAACCAUGCCCCCACGUCUUAUUCAAGUUGAUUUUUACUCACAUUAAAAGACAAGACCAACAUGAUAAAAUCAGCCUUUUAUGAAGGCAGCAGAGUCUCUGCGGGUUAUCUAAUUUUUUUUAUACAAUAGAAAAACCACAAGUAAUAUACGAGUGCAUGUUAUACAUGGAUGCGGGUUAUAUUUGUUAAUUUAUGGUACUUUUUGCUAUUAAAUUAAUCGCCCUGGUUAACCAUCGAGUAUUAGAGAGCUGCAAAGCAGAUGGUUAACACCAAAUAUAAUGCUGGAGUACUAAGAAAACUGGUUCAAGAGCAUAUGCACAUUUAUAGCUCCUCUUUCUGCAUUAUCUAGAAAAUUAUUAAGAGAUUUUUAUCAUUGAGUUGUAGAUGAAUUUAUCAAUAAGUUACAAUAAGGUGAAAGCUUAUCUUUCUAAUGGCUUUGGUCCCCGUACAGCAUUUUUAGGUUACGCUACACCAUAGGAGUGGCUCACUCUUAUGAAGGCUUGUUAGCAGGAGCAUUGCUCUGUGGAAGCAAAUGUCAUAUUAAGGGACUUUUCUGAUCAGGAUUUUGGUUUGAGGUUUCUGCAGGAUUUAGUUCUUUAGAAUGCUUUUAGGGAUGCAAGUGGCUCAGUGGCCACUACCAGAGAGCUCCCUUGACAUGAGAUUGCUCAGUCAGACUUAACAAAAUGGCUAUUAUUGUACACAAGUAAUACUCAUAUGCAAGUAUCACAUGUAGUUUAAGACAUACUGUAUACCCAACUAUGAAAUAAAAAUGGAGCACUGCAA